AAUGCAACACUGAAAAAGUGGGAUGAACGAACACGUUUGGUUGGAGUGGGUGCCGCAAAGAAUGCAAAAAGUAAUUUCAGUGGUUUCGAAUCAGUUGUUUUGAAGCAAAUCACGCAGGUAGUUUGUGUGGAAAUGAAUGAAGUGUCGAACUAA